AUGAAAACAUUGAUUUUGAUUAGCUUUCUGCUGACUGUUGUGUACGCCGUUUCUCCGAAACAGCAGGAACGGAUUAGCAAUGGACAAACGGCUUCCCCGUUCGACUUUCCGUCGGCUGUUGGAAUACUGAUUUCUGGAACGUCUUCGCACUUCUGUGGAGGAGUUCUGAUUUCAACGAGGUUUAUUCUCACGGCUGCAGUGUGUGUCUCUGGCACAAACACUUUGACGGUGCUGGCUGGUGCCAGCGAUAUGACCGAGAUAGUUGAGGUGAUCCCGGUAUUGAACAUUCCGUCGCAUAUCAUAAUACAUCCUGAUUACAGUUCGUUCUUCAAUCGGAACGAUCUAGCUAUCAUUCAGCUGUCUCGUCCAGCGGAACUAGGGAACUACGUGCAGUUGGCGAACCUGCCAAGACGGUAUCAUACGAUGUUUACGUUUAAUGGAUGGAACAGUACAAUCGUAGGUUGGGGCAACACCGGAAACAGGGAUAAUGAGCCAUUGCCCUUGAAUGAUUUGCAGUUUGCUCACGGAGCCGUAAUAUCCAAUACCGUCUGCGGCUUGUCGCAUAGUUUCAUUAGGGAUGGUCAUAUCUGUACUGGAACCGAUGAUGGCGGUCCCUGUGAUGGCGACGAAGGAGGUCCCAUCUAUGCUGACGUUGAUGGCGAGAAGCUUGUUAUUGGUAUUCACUCCUUCCAUUUCUCCGGCAUUCGUGGAUGUGACCGUGGUCGUUCGGCGGUUAAUACCCGCUUGACCGAAUACCUGGACUGGAUAGGCGAAAAUACUGAUGUUGAAAUUUUGAAUUAA